AUGGAGCUGAAGGAGACCACUCGUGAUCACUCUGGAGUGCACAAUUUGACCUUCCAGAAUGACAAUGAAGACAUUGACAUUAUAUAUCAGGAAGAUCUUCAAGACAAUUCAAGGAGAUUCAAGAAGUCAGAACAUGACAAAAGUGUACGUACUUAUCAGGAGGAUGAAUUCAUCAGUAUGGAGAGUGAUCUGCAUGAAAACAAAUGUGACUCUAUGGAUGAGCUACGCUUAAAAAGCUCAAGUUUCUGUUCUGUUUGUUUUUUAUGUUUUCCUAGGCCUUUAGAAAAGAAAUAUGAUAAAGCCUACAUUUUUUGCAAGAAAUAUAGAGCCAGAAUUAAGUAUGUGAUGUACGGAAUUUUAAUAACAGCUUAUUUGGCAACAGUUACUGCAGCCUGCAGCUUGAAUUUUCAGAGAGCCUUGCCACUCUUCAUCAUUACUGUCCUAGCCAUCUUCUUCAUCUCCUGGGAUUUUUUAGCAGUGAAGUAUGGAGACAGAAUUGCUGCAUUUUUUUCCCCUGGAGAAAGAUAUUUGGAGAAACUGUGUUUUUGGCUGAAAUGGAUAGUGUGUGCAGCUCUUAUUGUAGCUAUCAUUUUCUGGCUCAUCUUUGAUACAGCAAAACAAGGAUCCCGCCAGCUGAUCUCCUUUGGUGGGCUUGUGAUGUAUAUUCUCUUGAUGUUUAUAUUCUCCAAAUAUCCAACAAGAGUUGCUUGGAGACCAGUCUUUUCAGGAAUAGUAAUGCAGUUUAUUCUUGGGCUUCUUAUUCUGAGGACAAAACUGGGGUUUGAUGCAUUUAACUGGCUAGGCAUUCAGAUCCAGACUUUUCUGGAGUACUCUGACACAGGUGCUAAGUUUGUGUUCGGCGAAAAAUACACAGAUCAUUUCUUUGCUUUUAAGGUCCUGCCAAUUGUGGUUUUCUUCAGCACAGUAAUGUCUAUGCUUUAUCACAUUGGAUUCAUGCAGUGGCUCAUUGGAAAGGUUGGUUGGAUAAUGCAGAUUUUUAUGGGAACAACUCCUGUUGAGUCUCUUGUAGCUGCUGGUAACAUAUUUGUGGGACAGACGGAGUCUCCUCUCUUGGUACGGCCAUACUUGCCAUACAUCACCAAAUCUGAACUCCAUGCAGUCAUGACAGCAGGAUUCUCAACUAUUGCUGGAAGUGUCUUAGGAGCAUAUAUUUCUUUCGGGGUUUCUGCCUCCCACCUACUGACUGCUUCUGUCAUGUCUGCACCAGCAUCAUUAGCCACCUCCAAACUGCUCUGGCCUGAAACUGAAAAGCCUACAGUAACUUUGAAGACCGGCCUAAAAAUGGCAAAAGGUGAAUCAAAUAACCUGCUGGAGGCAGCCAGUCAAGGUGCAUCCAGCUCUAUUCUGUUGGUGGCAAACAUCGCUGUGAAUCUCAUCUCCUUCCUUGCCCUGCUGGCUUUUGUCGACUCAGCCCUCUCUUGGGUGGGCAGUAUGUUUGACUAUCCACAGCUGAAUUUUGAGAACAUUUGUGCAUAUGUCUUUAUGCCAUUCUCCUUUAUGAUGGGAGUAGACUGGGAAGACAGCUUUAUUGUUGGUGGACUCCUAGGUUAUAAGACUUUCUUCAAUGAAUUUCUGGCUUAUGAACGUCUCUCAAAACUGAUCCGCAAUCGAGAAAAGGGUGGGAGCAUGUACAUAAAUGAUGUGAAACAAUAUAUGAGUGUCCGUUCUGAAACCAUUGCCACCUAUGCUCUUUGUGGAUUUGCCAACUUUGGCUCUCUGGGAAUGGUAAUAGGAAGUCUAACAAGCAUGGCUCCAUCCAAAAAAAAGGAAAUUGCUAGCGCUGCUUUCAGAGCAAUGAUUGCUGGAACUGUUGCCUGUUUCAUGACAGCAUGCAUUGCAGGAAUGAUGGUCAUCCCUGAUGUGGAAGUUCCAUGCCACAUUUUGUUACGAACUGCCUUCAACUCUGCGAGUUCCCCUGCCAACAUCACGGAGCUGGUUGAAUGCUGCCAGGAGACAUUCAUCAGUGCAAACAGUUCUCAGGAGAGCUUCUCUGGAGGAAACUACGCCCUGAGUUUCUGGAAAAAAUGUUGCCAAAUACUGAAUCAAACAACUUUUAAUUGCAUAUGAAUUAAGCCUUAAUCUGGAGUGGGAUAACUAAAAACCAUGUUUCUUGGCAGAAAGGCAGUAAAAAGCUUCUUCUUCUGCAAUUGUGAAUAAUAUGAACCUUUAUUUCCUAUCUCCUGCAAGCCUACUUCUUAUGAUAUGCAUAGAAUUAGUUCCAAAAUUAAACUGGGAUGAAAGCAAGAGACCUCCUGCUAUAGAUCUGUUCUCCUGUUACACAUCAGAAAAAGAGGAGAACAUUUCUGAUUUCAUUUCUACCCUGAAACUGAUGAAUCUGUAGCAUAAAACUAUUAUUGGCAAGAAGAAAAUCAAGGGGAUCUGACUUGUAAUUACAGAAAUUUGUGUACUCCAAAUAUUUUUAGAAUUACCAUCCUUUUUGCUCUAUUUUGAUACUUUAGAAGUGGUUUCACUGCAGGUAGAUGCCUCUGUUCUCAGAAAUUCUCUGUUCUCAGAAAUUCUCUGUUCUCAGAAAUUCUCUGUUCUCUGUACACUUCUUCUGGUAACUAUGGCUACAUUUGAUCUGAGCUUCUAGCAUGGGAUGCACCUCAUCCCCUUGGUCACCAAAGUACACAAAACAAGGACUAGCCACUGUGUGCCCCAGCUCUCAUCUUUCUGUCCUCACAGAAGGCAGGAGGCAUCCUGUCUGUAUCUGAAGUCAGGAGGCUGAUUCGUGCUUAGAGUUAAUUCACAUGACUUGGAAAGGUCCAAAUCCCAAAGGAAGAUUCCCACAUCAAUUUGUCCCAACCUUUAUUGCUGAAGGUUGAUCCCAUGGUCACCAAGUGGGUACUCACUGUCAUAUUCCUAACAGAACCAAAAGAGCAUCAACAAAAUGUGGAUAAGAUCAAGUCAGAAUCCAGCUCUUUGUGAAAGCAACAUUGAUAGAUCUCAAAUACCAGGCUCUAAAUAGAAGGAUGUACUAUCAAACAAAAUAUGUCAAACAAAAAAACUUAUUUUAUUUCUUCUGGUUAUGUUUUCUACACCAGGUGCAGGAUUAUUUCUAAAUUUCAGUGAGACAAGCUGUGUAGUAAGUUGCAUAAUAUAAUAGAUCUUUUAAUACGAUGGGGAAAACAAACAAACAAACAAACAAAAAAAAACAGGAAUUUUGGUAGUGAGUAAAUCUGACAUUCCUUCAGAUGCCAGGAAUCCUGGUUUCAGCAAGACUGACUUUUCCCACAGUUCUUAACCAUGGCGAGGUCUUUCAUGCUCUAUUUGAUGCUGCCUAAAAGCAAGGUUUCCAGCACAUAAAGGAACGUAAGAUUUAUUUGUUAUAUCCCUUUUUCUUAAUUCUAGGAUGUAAGAUUUACUUGUUAUGUUCCUUUAUUAUUGUGUUCAAACAGCUGUACUGCCUUUACCUCUGAGCUUUAACUUUUACUGCUGAGCUUUACCUCUCCCCAUGCAGAACACUGUGUUUGUGUGUGGAAAUAUAAUAAAAAAGAUUACCUACAUUCAGGUAAACAAAUAUGAGUUUUCGUAAAAUUUAUGUAUGUUUUUGAGAAUCUGCCACAAGUGAAGAAUUUAUGUUAGAAACGGAUGUCUGUUAUGUUUUUAAGUUCUGCUCUUUUCAUGGGCUUAAGAACUGAAAAGUUUUGUUUUGCAAAAUAUUUGUAUAUAUAUUCCUAUCCCAUGCCACUGGUAGAGCAUAUCUCACAGAUAGAAAUGAAUCUGUCUAUUCCGACAAAUAUGCAUCUAACUUCUCAUCUUUCCAUUAAUUAUUGCAGAGUCUACUCUGGGAAAACCAGAUUAAUAAACUUAGCUGCCAAUACAGCUGCUUUCAGUGGGCACUGAUUUGGAUUUAUCCUAAAAGGCCCGA